AUGAAUCAAAUUGUACUUUUAUUACAUAGACAUUUGAGUUCUACAAACGGCAAUGUUUACAAAUCUGGUAAAUUAGCGAGAAACAAUGUAAUGAAAGAAAAACAUUCAAUUGAUGAUGUGCGCAGAACUUCAGACUUAUGUGCAGGUUUAUUUGAAGGUGAACGAUGUUUGAACUAUUAA